CAUGCUUUAUCCAUUCUUCAAUUUUCUACCGCCAUCGUUAUGCAUUGCUACAUUCCUUUUGCGCGUCCAAAGACGGGAAGCAUGCGCACAGCUCGAGAUGAAGAAGACAAUACAAUAUCAGAAGCGACCGCCGAAACUUUAACUGAAAAAACUGCCGAAUUGGAAGGUGAAACAACUGCUGAAUUGGAACGGGAGAAUACCGCCGUCAGUGCAGUACUACGGGAUGACAAAACACAGAUUGAGAAGGAAAAUGAGGAUUCUACCGUCGUUAGCGAUACGCAUACUGAACAAUCGUUGAGGGCGGGGCUUAAGGGUGUCUACACACUUCCAUUGGUUCUCAGCAUAUUUGCUUGCUGUUUCGGUAGCAGUUUUCAAGUGGGAUUUCAUCUUGGCGCUCUAAAUACUCCGGCAAAAAUACUUAUUGAAUGGCAGAGAAGUUCAUAUAAACGAAUUCAUGGCCCCGAUUCUGUUUACAAAGAGGAGAUAAUUUGGCUAGUUUUUAAUGACUAG